CGUCGGCCGCGGCAUCGCUGUUUCAGCAACGCCUAAGCUUACUCUAGUUUGGCGUUGGUCCUCGCAUUCUCGACCCUCCCCUGAUCAUCCACCUCCAUCCACUUACCUCCUUAUCUUUGGAUGUCUUUUUCCUCCAUUCCCCAAUCAACUUCCUUGACCGUUCCUGCUCUCGACCUCGCAUUGCGUGGACUUUCGCAACCAUGAAUGCCUCCCAGUAUUCCGCAACCUAUUCCUACCCACCCGGCGUGACGCUGGGCCCGUCAGCCCCCGUCGUCCAACACGCGCAUGCGCCUUCCUUGGGCUCCAACAAUCCCUUCAGAAACCGGGCGCUGUCUCCUUCUGCCAGUUCAUUCUCUUCCGCCGGCCGACCUGAGCGACCGACCUCGACCAACCCUUUCGACGACCUCGAUUCGCCACAUUCUGCCCCUAUUGGAGGAGCCAUGGUAUCCUCGGUCGGAAGUCAAGAUAUGACUUCGAACACCCGCGACCUCUUUGAAAACCUGUCUCUCAACCCUGCCACGCAACCUGCCGGCUUUAGGCCCGCCCCGCCCCGUCCGGAGAAGCCUGCACCGAAUGGAUACUCCAGCGAACGAAGGGAUCGCCCCGAGCGCCGCGCACGCGAUCACCUAGAUAUUUUCGCUGACCCUCCGCGAAACGGGAGCGGUUCCCGGCCCAGCGGCCGCGACCGACCACGCCCCCGUCGCAACUCCGAGUCAUCGAUCAUGGAGCGCCCGAAACACGUGGAUACCGAGGAAGAAAGAAAGCGCCGGGAACGAAGACGGAGAGAGCGGGAGGCUCGCGGAAAGGAGGGUAAGGAUGGCAAGCCUCGCUCGUCGUCCUCGAAGAAGAACAACUACCAACUCGAUAUUAUCGACAAAUUGGAUGUGACUAGCAUCUACGGAACAGGAAUGUUCCAUCACGAUGGACCGUUUGAUGCUUGCAACCCGAAUCGAAACCGUAAGGGCGUGCGCACAGCACCUAUGCAGGCCUUCCCUAAGGACUCGGCUAACAUGGCCUUGGGAGGCUCCGGACCGAACAACGUAGACAUUGACCACAAUUUAUUCCACGGAAGGACCGAGGAAGGCUUCAAUGAUUUUGCGGCCAGUGCGAGAAGCGAACCUCGCAGAGCUGACAACCCCCCCAACUUUGACCCUACUGCUCGCAUUGAACCUGUCCACGGAUCGGAGAGCAUGGGACUCGGAACUAGUACGUUCUUGGAGGGGGCUCCAGUCAGUCAAGCGGAGCUUCAGCGCCGGGGAACUACUUCGGAAGGCUCAGGCGGCGGUAUGAACGGCGGUGGUCUUCAGCGCAAGAAGAGUUUGGCACAAAGACUACGGGGCAUUAACCGUGCUCCUAGUGGUCGCUCCCCGGAAGCCACGUACAGUCCGCCUGUCCCUGCCGGGCACAUCGGUACUAUCAAGGCCAACGAGAAGAACCCUUUCUUCCAAGAUUAUGACGAUGCGUGGGAGAAGAAGGGCGCUCAGAUCACUUCCUCUGAGGAGGCGCGGGACCCUGUGGGUGGACGGGCGCGUUCAUCGAGCAGUCCCAAGCAGAACACGGGAUUGGAGCGGAGAUUUACCAACGAACGGUCUUACGGUGGUUAUGACGAGAACAAGAAUGCUGGUGGUGGUGGCAGUGGUGGCUUCAUCAAUCGCAUGAAGAGUCUGCGGAAGCCCCGUCCCGAGCGGCGCGUCACCAACGACUGAGCAAGGAGGUGAUCUUUUCAUGUAACCCGGUUUCAUCUUCUACUCUGUAUGGCCGGAGUAAUCAUUUAUC